AUGUCGAGCAGUGAGGCAGCAAAUCCAGACCCCAGUGUCGUCCCCCAGGACCCUCCCGAGGCCAGAGGCCAGGUCGAGCCCAUCAAGCCCUCGCACCACCCGGCCUUGAACAAGGUGCCCAAGGAGGUCAAAACCACCAUCUCCAAGGCCGACGAGAUCAUUCUGCGCAUCAGCAAGUUGAUCAAGACCACCGCAGGCCUCGGCGCAGCUCUGUCGACCCUCAACUAUGCCAUCUAUCUGGCCGCAUACCUCCAUUCAAAAGCACCUGCCCGCGCUGCUGUCAUCGCAUAUAUCUCGCGUCUCAUCGGUCGCACACCUUCGAAGCUCCCCGCUGGGGCUCUAGCCCCGUCCGCCGCAACGUCGUUUCUCACGCCACUGGGAGCUCUUAUAUCGGAUACUCGUACCUCGCUGCGCUUGACGGGACUGCUGCCGCUCUACAUCUGGUUGAAGACGCUCUUGUCGAAGAAGACCUCGGCAGAUAUGGACCCGGCCCUCCACCGGGUUGCGUUGCUGCAAUGUGCCGGAUAUAUCGGUUUCCAGGCCCUAGAAAACGUUUACCACUUGGCCGGCAAAGGUGUCAUCCCUCUGUCGGUCAUUGAGAAGCGAGGAGGAGUUGCCAAGUGGGUUGCCUGGAGCUGUCGUGCGUGGGCAGUGGGAGUGGCCAGCGACUUCCUCCGCCUGUGGCGCGAGGCAGAGAUCGAAAAGGAAAAGCGGGGGAGCAAAUCGGUCAAGGAGAGGGAAGAUUACGACCGCAAAUGGUGGAAUGAGUUCAUGGUGGCGGCAUAUUGGAUGCCUGUCGCGGUUCACUACAGCCUGUACCCUGCGGGUAUUCCAGGCAUGAACACUGGUUUGGUUGGCUUCCUUGGCUUGAUGGCUGGUCUCAACAACUUCAGGACUCAAUGGGCAGCAACUGCUUGA